AUGUCAGCACGAGCGCUUGCUCUCAGGAAAGCGGCUCGAGUGGCGGCUGCUUCCUGGGUCCUGUUCUGCCUGGUCGAGGACCUGUUGGAGUCCCAGCAGAGACCACAGGUUCUCCUUGUACUGCUGGAGGUCUUGUCGGUAGACCCUCUCUGCCUCCUCCAGCUCUCCUUCCUCCAGCAGCAGGGCCCCCAACACGUGACGUGCUGGCAUCAUCCACCCCCACGGCUCGUCGUAGACCAGGGAGUUGUCUCGCUGCACGGCCAGGCGGAGGUGUUCAAAUGCUUCCUUCUUGUUCCCCUUGAAGUACUCCACCUCCCCGUAGAGGACAGCCUCGGCUACAUCCAGUACACCACUCUUUUUCUCAGGGUCGUGCAUCACGUUGUUGAAGAGGUAGCAGUUGGUUAUUUUCUUGUUUUUCAGGGUGUUUCUGAAAUUUUCACAUUCUUUGUCUGCCUCCUCUAGCUGACCCAGGACGGCGCAGGCAACACCUCUAGCGUAGUGUGACAUAGCGGUCGUGCCUGGAUACAUGUCUGCGUCGUCUUUCAGUGGACGAGCGAGGAUCUCCUUCCAUUUCCCGAAUCGAACCAGGACAUGCCAGGGUAGCAUGCCAAACGCUUCGAAAAACAUUGAACCGACCGGAAUGUCUCCAAGUACAAACUGAACUGCUUUCAGGUCUAGUUGUCGACAUGCUGCCUCGGCGUACUCCACUGCAAUUGAGAACUGUCCGUCAAACAUGGCAGCCCACACGGUAAAGUGAUAGUUGUGGAGCCGAUACAUUUUGUACAUUUCAUUCUCGUGACCUGUGAUUCGAAGAUACUUCUCAUCGGCCACCACGGCCAAUUUGUUGAUUUCAACGGCUUCUUUGUACUGCCCGACCCACAUGUCGAUGUGACUGGGCAUGUGCAGUAGGUGACCUUGGUCGGGGGUGCGGGAGCGCAGUACGUUGGCUGCCGGGAGUGCCUUUUCAGGACUGGCCGACAGCUCCAUGGUGUGGAUGUAGAAGUGGCA